CCGUGCUCAGGAAGUGAGAUACCGGUGUCGGUGUCUUCGUAACCCACACUGUCAGAGCGGAGCUGCGGCUAGAGCAGGUUGGAGCUCGAGCUGUUUGAAGUAAAGUGUGUGAGAUGGCUGAAAAUGGAACAGACAGUGAUUUACCGCAGAGGAGAUCUGGACCUAAAGAAAACCGUAAUGGUAAUUUCACAGACGCCUCAGUCAGAGAGAGGAAACAGCAAGACCGAGAAGAGCGUCUCUCUCUGGUGUUGUGGAGAAGACCUCUCGUAACACUGCAGUAUUCCUUCUUAGAAACACUCAUCACUCUGAAGGAGUGGACAUGGAAGCUGUGGAGGAGAAGAGGUGUGGUGUUUUUGAUCCUAGUGCUUUUUUCAGUCUUUUCAGUGGCCUACUCAAUAGAAGGAGCACACCAGAAGUAUGUACAAUAUUUGGAGAAGAAGCUCCUGUGGUGUGCCUACUGGGUAGGCUUGGGUAUUUUGUCUUCAGUAGGCCUCGGCACAGGCCUUCACACGUUCCUUCUUUACCUGGGCCCCCACAUAGCGUCCGUCACACUGGCAGCCUACGAGUGUGGCUCUGUAAACUUCCCCGAGCCUCCGUACCCAACCCAGAUCAUAUGUCCGGAUGAGGAGGUGCUGCCUGAUAGCAUUUCCCUCUGGACCAUCAUGUCAAAGGUCCGCCUGGAGGCCUGCAUGUGGGGUGCAGGUACAGCUAUUGGGGAACUGCCUCCAUACUUCAUGGCACGUGCAGCACGUCUCUCCGGAGCAGAGCCAGAUGAUGAAGACUAUGAGGAAUUUGAAGAAAUGCUGGAACAGGCACAGAGCGCCCAGGACUUCGCUACAAGAGCAAAACUUGCAGUUCAAAAAAUGGUGCAGAAAGUUGGAUUCCUGGGUAUCCUAGCCUGUGCCUCAAUCCCAAAUCCAUUGUUUGACCUGGCCGGAAUUACAUGUGGUCAUUUCCUCAUUCCAUUUUGGACCUUUUUCGGCGCGACGCUCAUCGGGAAGGCCGUUAUAAAGAUGCACAUCCAGAAACUGUUUGUUAUCAUAACAUUCAGCAGGCACAUAGUGGAGCAGAUGGUGUCUCUGAUCGGGGCCAUACCCGGGGUCGGAGCCUCCCUGCAGAAGCCUUUCCGGGAGUAUCUGGAAGCCCAGAGAACAAAGCUUCACAACCCAGUUGGAGAUGGCACACCUGCGGGAGAGAGCUGGCUGUCCUGGGUUUUUGAGAAAGUGGUUCUGGUCAUGGUCUGCUACUUCAUUCUCUCCAUCAUAAACUCCAUGGCACAGAGUUACGCCAAGCGGCUCCAGCAGAGGAAGUACUCUGAGGAGAAAACCAAGUGAUAUAAAACUCGUAUAACCCACAGUAACCCAUCUCAGGCUCCCGCUGCGGAAGCUAAGAAACAUUUAACCUGAAACGGCUAAAUGAGCACUAAUUUAUUUGUGCUUAAUCUGUGUACAAUUACGUUGGAUCUUACUUUUUGUUGUUUUGGUUUGUUGUCCAUUUGUCUGUAGCAUUUAACUAUUAAAAUCAGAUGUUCUAAAUGUGUGAUUUUUACCUCUACAGAGACGAAAGCAGUCUAGCAAAGACUGUGAGCAGUUAAUACUUGUUGCAAUGCCUUAUGCAACAUUGCAGGGUCAUGCUUCCAUUGAAGUGAAUACAGUUCUAGUACAGUUCUAAUCACUAGAAUGACUUGAUUGAUUGAUGAUUGAUUAUUUAAUUUCUACAGUGGCCGUGUGGAUGGGCAGGGUAGGUCUUUUUUUUCUUUUCUUUUUUUUGUUCUGUGAUUGUAUGUUAAGAUGUUGAGUGCUGAUGCAAUGGAUGUCUUCAGGGACAGCUUUCUUUAAUUUCUUUUUUUUUUCUUUUGUUGUUUUUUUUUUAACCACAAAUCUGAUGUCAUUUUCUCUUCGUUUGUUAUACAAAAACGACAGCAAUAUAUCGAAAGAACAGAUAUCCUUUUAGAACAGAAUUAAUCGUUUGCACAUUGUGUAAAUAAUCCGUGUCUUAACAUAGAUGUGCAUAUAGAUAGAUUUAUUCACAUUAAAAAAAAAAAAAAAAAAAGAUCUUGUACUCAAAUAAAAUAAAAAAUACAAAACAAGCUAUUAUUUUAACCUGGUAAAAAAAAACGUAAGACUUGCUGUACAUAUAAGACAUAUAAGAUUUUUCCUCAUGCCCUCAUCAGCUGCCUAAGUCAUUCUGGUCUGAGUUUUCUGUCUGAAUUUUGUUGUGUGUAGAUGAAUCUCAUAGCUUUUUCAUAGCUACUGUUGACUUAUUUCUGUUUGACAUUAAAUUGGAUUAAUAAGA